UUGGUUCGGGGCGGCGGUCGCUGGCCAUGGGGCUCGGGGCGGCAGCCGGGGCCCUGCUGGUGGCACUGGGGGUGCUGGGAGCCCCCCCGGGUGCGGGCGCGGAGCUCUCGGGGGUGUUCCAGCACGUGUUUAAGAGCGAGUGUUACUUCAUUAACGGCACGGAGAAGGUGAGGUUUGUGGACAGGUACAUCUACAACCGGCAGAUGUGGGCGAUGUUCGACAGCGAUGUGGGGCACUACGUGGGAUUCACCCCCUUUGGGGAGAGGAAUGCCAAGCACUGGAACAGCGACCCGGCCAUAAUGGAGUACCAACGGACUUCGCUGGACACGUACUGCCGGCACAACUACGAGGUGUCCCGCCCGUUCAUCACGGAGCGCCGAGUGCCCCCCAGCGUGUCCAUCUCGCUGGUGCCCGCCUCGAGCUCCCAGCCCGGCCGGCCGCCUGCUGUGCUCCGUGAUGGAUUUCUACCCUGCUGCCAUCCAGGUGAGGUGGUUCCAGGGCCAGCAGGAGCUGUCGGAGCACGUGGUGGCCACGGACGUGGUGGCCAACGGGGACUGGAGCUACCAGCUGCUGGUGCUGCUGGAAACGCCGCCCCGGCGCGGGCUGAGCUACAGCUGCCAGGUGGAGCACGUCAGCCUGGAGCAGCCGCUGAGGCGGCACUGGGAGAUGGCGCCGGACGCCGGCCGCAGCAAGAUGCUGACGGGCAUCGGGGGCUUGGUCUUGGGCUCGGUCUUCGUGGCGCUGGGGCUCGGCUUCUACGUGCGCAAGAAGAGCUCCUGAGGCGGCGGCGGCCGCAGCCCAGAGGCCAAAAAAAAACCCAACCAAUGAAAGCGCUGCCAAAAACCACGCCCGACCAAUCAGGGAGCGCGUCCCUCAUGACCCCGCGCCGCUCCGGGCUGGGUCUCGCAGUGGAGCGCGGUUGGUUCGGGGCGGCGUCGCUGGCCAUGGGGCUCGGGGCGGCAGCCGGGGCCCUGCUGGUGGCACUGGGGGUGCUGGGAGCCCCCCCGGGUGCGGGCGCGGAGCUCUCGGGGGUGUUCCAGGAGAUGUUUAAGGGCGAGUGUUACUUCAUUAACGGCACAGAGAAGGUGAGGUACGUGGUGAGGUUCAUCUACAACCGGCAGCAGUACCUGAUGUUCGACAGCGACGUGGGGCACUACGUGGGGUUCACCCCCUAUGGGGAGGUGAAUGCCAAGCGCUUGAACAGCGACCCGGCUGAACUGGAGUACAGACGAAAUGAGGUGGACAGGUACUGUCGGGUCAGCUACGAGGUGUCCACCCCGUUCAUCACAGAGCGCCGAGUGCCCCCCAGCGUGUCCAUCUCGCUGGUGCCGGCCUCGAGCUCCCAGCCCGGCCCCGGCCGCCUGCUGUGCUCCGUGAUGGAUUUCUACCCCGCUGCCAUCCAGGUGAGGUGGUUCCAGGGCCAGCAGGAGCUGUCGGAGCACGUGGUGGCCACCGACGUGGUGGCCAACGGGGACUGGAGCUACCAGCUGCUGGUGCUGCUGGAAACGCCGCCCCGGCGCGGGCUGAGCUACAGCUGCCAGGUGGAGCACGUCAGCCUGGAGCAGCCGCUGAGGCGGCACUGGGAGAUGGCGCCGGACGCCGGCCGCAGCAAGAUGCUGACGGGCAUCGGGGGCUUGGUCUUGGGCUCGGUCUUCGUGGCGCUGGGGCUCGGCUUCUACGUGCGCAAGAAGAGCUCCUGAGGCGGCGGCGGCCGCAGCCCCUCCC